AUGCCCCGUUCAUUUUUGGUGAAGAAGAUCAAGCUUGAUGAUUUCUCUUCAUCCAAUGCACCCUCGUCGAACCACCACCACCAACCGCUGGACGAUUUUACUUUCACACGCUCCAUCUCGGACUCUGUGACCAGCCUGGGCGUCCGUCUGAGUGAGAAUGGCUACAUCCAGGAUUACAUCACACCAUCUGCAUACCAGGAUGAGAAGAAGCUGGAGCACCGGCUGGUGUCGGACCCUCUGUACAGCCCCGUCAGCGGAGGAGAGGACUACUGCGACCCUGACCUCAAGCAGCCGGACAGCCCGCAGUCCGGGAUGACAGCCAGUGGCUACUACAGCGGCGAGUCCGACGGACCAGCCGAGGGAUACACCAUGGAUGCCUUCUUCAUCUCGGACGGGCGCUCGCGAAGGAAGGGGGAUCGAGAGCACCGGGAGCCAUGCUCCAGAGAGAGCCCGAGCGAGGUGGUGGCAGAGAGAGCCGGGGGCACAGCUCGACACACAUGCAACGAGUGUGGAAAGACGUAUGCCACGUCGUCCAAUCUGAGCCGACACAAGCAGACGCACCGCAGCCUGGACAGCAAGAUGGCCCGCAAGUGUCCCACCUGUUCAAAGGUGUACGUGUCCAUGCCCGCACUGGCCAUGCACAUCCUCACCCACGACCUGAAGCACAAGUGUGACGUGUGCAGCAAGGCCUUCAGCCGGCCGUGGCUGCUGCAGGGCCACAUGCGCUCGCACACCGGAGAGAAGCCCUUUGCCUGCGCCCACUGCGGGAAAGCCUUUGCCGACCGCUCCAACCUCCGCGCCCACAUGCAAACGCACUCUGCCUUCAAGCACUACCGAUGCAAGCGCUGCAAUAAGACCUUCGCCCUCAAGUCCUACCUGAAUAAGCACUAUGAGUCGGCAUGCUUCAAGGGCUCAGCAGACGAGGACGAUUCCGGAUCAGAAAACUAA